AUGGCCGCCGCGCUCUGGCCUCCCUCUGCUAAACCCAGCUCCGACCAGCCCCAGUUCCCGAUGGUCGACGACCCCCAGGCCGCCGCCGCCCUCUCCUUCCCCGUUCUUCACCGUGGCAAGGCAGCAACGGCAGAGCCGCAGAAAAGUACGGGGUGUUACAAAUAUUUUCUGGUAGCAGUGGACUACGUGUCAAAGUGGGUUGAAGCUAAGGCAGCCGCAAGUAAUGAUGCUCACACCGUGGCAGAUUAUCUGAAGGAUCAAGUGUUCGAGAGGUAUGGUAUACCCAAGAUUCUAAUCAGUGAUCAAGGAUCUCACUUCUGUAAUGCCACCAUUAGAACACUAACCAAGAAGGUGGGGGUGACACACAAAGUCACUACAGCAUAUCACCCCCAAGCAAAUGGCCAAGUUGAGAUUUCCAAUAGAGAGAUAAAGAGCAUUUUGAAAAAGGUGGUACACCAAAACCGUAAGGAUUGGAGCAACCAUUUGGGAGAUGCGUUAUGGGCAUACCGAACUGCUUUUAAAACGCCAAUUGGAAUGUCCCCUUUCAGACUGCUUUAUGGAAAAAGAUGCCAUCUACCUGUGGAAAUUGAACAUAAGCCGUACUGGGCAAUCAAGCAAAUUAACCUCAGUAUGAACCUAGCUGGAGAAAUGCGAAAGUUGCAGCUGAGUGAGUUGGAAGAGCUUCGGUUGGAGGCUUAUGACAAUGUUGUGCUCUAUAAGGAGCGAACCAGGAGAAUCCAUGAUGCCAAGAUCAGAAAGAAGGAAUUCUGGGUAGGACAAAAAGUCCUACUUUUCAAUUCUCGUUUCAAAAUGAUGGUCGGGAAGCUUCGUUCCAAAUGGUCAGGACCGUUUGUCAUCAAAGGGAUUUUUUCAAAUGGAAGCAUAGAGGUGUAUGAUCACAAUGGAGCUGAUACAUUCGUAGUGAAUGGGCAUCGUUUGAAGCCCUACCAUGAACUUACUGAAGUAGAGAAAGAGAAGGAGGAAUGCCACAUUCUCGAUCCUGUGUACGAGUGA